CAAUGGCGGCGCCAGGCUGUGGGGAGCUGCGGCUGGGGGGGCCGGGCGGUGCCCCGGGGCCGGUCCCGCCGCUCCCCGGCGGUGUUCCGGGGCCAGGGACUGUCCCGGGGCCGGUCCCGCCGCUCCCCAGCGGUGUCCCGGGUCCAGGAGCUGUCCCGCCGCACCCCGGCGUGUCUCGGCGGCGCGGGCGGACGCUGUUGGUGCGGCACCUGCCCGCCGAGCUGACGGCGGCGGAGAAGGAGGAUCUGCUGCAGCACUUCGGGGCCGUGUCUGUGCGCGUCCUGUCGGACCACGGGCGGCUGAAACAUACUGCUUUUGCCACUUUUCCCAGUGAAAAUGCAGCUGCAAAGGCUUUAUCAAGGCUGCAUCAGCUGAAACUUUUAGGUCACACCUUAGUUGUUGAAUUUGCGAAGGAGCAAGAGAGUGUUCAGGUCCUUAGCCAGCCUUCUGUCUCAGAGAAGUGUAAAAGUUCAGAAGAACCAGUGAAAGAAGAAGAGAAGGUAGAACCAAGCUGUGUUAAAAUAGAGAAUGGAAUUGCACCGAGCCAUGGCCUCACCUUUCCCAUCAAUUCCUGCCUCAAAUAUUUGUACCCACCACCUUCAAGUGCAAUUCUAGCAAAUAUAGCAAAUGCCUUGGCAAGUGUGCCCAAAUUUUAUGUCCAGGUACUUCAUCUAAUGAAUAAAAUGAAUCUUCCUCCACCUUUUGGACCAAUUACUGCUCGCCCUCCCAUGUAUGAAGAGUAUUUACCAGUGCCUGUGCCACCUCCCCCAAUCCCACCUCUGCCUCCUGAAGAGCCUCCUUUGCCUGAAGAGGAAGAAGAGCAACUGUCUAGUGGGGAUGAAUCGGAAUACGAAAGUGAUAAUGAUGAGGAAAAGGAGAGAAUGACCAAGUUGAUGGAAUUAGCAACCCUUCAGCCUAAAAGACCAAUAAACACGAAGAGACGUGGUGUUAGAAAAAAGCAAAGAAUUAAAGACUUAUUGAGUGUUCCUGUGUGUGCUCCCCACAGUAAUUUGCACCCCACACUGUCACCUUCAGAUGUCUUUGAGCAGCCGCAGCAUGUAGGUCAUAAAAAAAUUGAGUUUCAUAUUAGUACUGACAUCCCAGCUGUUCUUCAGAUAAACUCAGAGAAAGAAGAAAAAAAUGAUCUUUCUGCAGCCACAGAAGAAAUCAAUAAUACAGGCUUUGGAAGGAUUUUCCCAGCUCCUAGCUCAAAUGAUAAAAUGGAAACUGAAGAGGAAGAUGAUGAAAUACCAUCAGAAUUUAUUUCUAGAAAGGAUCUAGAAAAAAAUAGACUUUCCAGAGAAGAAAUGGAAAAAUUUUCUGUUUUCAAAAACUAUGAGCCAGGUGAUCCAAAUUGCAGGAUAUAUGUGAAGAAUUUAGCUAAACAAGUCCAGGAAAAGGAUCUCAAGUUCAUUUUUGGAAGAUAUGUUGACUUCCAAUCAGAAGUGGAACGAAAUAUGUUUGAUAUACGUUUGAUGAAAGAAGGCCGUAUGAAGGGACAGGCCUUCAUUGGACUUCCUAAUGAAAAAGCAGCUGCUAAAGCACUAAAAGAAGCAAAUGGAUAUGUCUUAUUUGAAAAACCCAUGGUGGUUCAAUUUGCUCGUUCAGCUAGACCAAAACAGGAUACCAAUGAAGGGAAAAGGAAAAAAUAGAACUCUGCACAAGAAACAUUCCUGCGUAAAUACUGCAGUAAUACUGUCAUGCAGAGUGUAUCCUUUCUUGUUGUAUCCUUUUUUUGUGCAAUGUUUCCCGUAGCACUCAACUACAUCGAAGUUUUCAUAUAGAGUAGGUGUGGGGAGGAGUUAACAUGUUUAAAGCCUGAGCUAAUCUGGUAAUUUUGAAAAGCAAAAGGUGCUUUUUCAGGGGGAAAAAAGAAAUCACUGAGUUUUCUGUGUUGUGUGAAUAGACACUUUAAAGGUUCUUAGUCUUUUUCCUCAAAGGUCAUAUACCUUACUAAUUUGUGGUCCCAUUCCUUAGUGGAACAGUUCUAGCUCAAACAAGCUAAUGUAUGUGGAGCUGUGCUAAGCUCACACUGAGGGUGGCACUUUGUUUUCCUUUAAAUAAAUAUUAU